GAAACGUCAAAAAAUUAUCGUCUUGCGAGAGCAGAUGGCCCUCAAAGUUGUGUAAAUCGCGAACGCAAAAAAACAUUGUGCGAUAAAUUUCCAUCGAAUUAGGCUGAAAAUGUUACACAGAAACCUCCUGCAGUUAUCCCGUCUAGUCAAAGGGCACAAUUCUCAGGUUUGUUCGCAGGCAGCGGCAACUUUCGUGCGCCGCUAUUCCUUCAAUCAGAACUCGCAACUUCUGUGGCUCCGGCAGAGUCAACCACCGAAGGAAUCGUUCGCCUGCGGAAUUCCCGCCAGCCAACGUUUCCUGCAUUUGACACAGACAGCAUCAUGUUCGAAAAGUGUAAACGAUACCAAGCCGAAUAGUGCUCAAGCCAAUGCAGCCCCUCAGCUCCUAUCGAAACUGUUCCCGCAAACUGCCGUCGAAAAUGAUCAGGCAGAACAGGCCCAGGAACAGAAGCGCAAGGAAGAGGAGGAAGCCAAAAAGGAAAAGGAAUCGUCCUGGAAGCGGAUGAAGUUUGGAUUCGUCCUCUUCGGAGUUUCGGUGACGGCCUUCUCCGUUUACACGGUGUUCAUUUUCGGAGCCCCUGACCGGGACCCGGAAGGCAACAUAAUCGAAGAUGAGUUUAGUCAGUUGCCGACCGUGCAGCAAUACUUCAAACGGCUGUGGAAAUCAAUGACCUACUACCAAAAGAUGAUUCAGGAACCGUCGCGUGAAAAGCUUCUGCCCGAUCCUCUAAAAUAUCCGUACAUUCAACCACCGUACACCCUGGUCCUGGAAAUGAAGGACGUGCUCGUCCAUCCGGACUGGACCUACCAAACUGGAUGGCGUUUCAAGAAACGUCCCGGAAUCGACAAAUUUCUCGAAUCUUUAGCACGUAAUUUCGAGAUUGUCAUCUACACUGCCGAUCAGGGAAUGACCGUGUUCCCCAUCCUGGAUGCCCUCGAUCCCCACGGUUACAUCAUGUACCGCUUGGUCCGGGAUGCGACCCACUUUGUCGACGGACAUCACGUGAAAAACUUGGACAACCUAAAUCGAGAUCUGCGCAAGGUCAUCGUCAUCGAUUGGGAUCCGAACUCCACCAAAUUACACCCGGAGAAUACCUUCAAUAUUCCACGCUGGAGCGGAAACGACGACGAUACCACGCUGCUCGAUUUGCUCUCGUUCCUGAUGACCAUUGCCAACAGUGAGGUGGACGAUGUGCGCGAAGUUAUGACCUACUAUAAGCAGUUUGAAAAUCCGCUGGCGCAGUUCCGGGAGAAUCAACGUCGUCUGGCAGAGCAACUAGCCGAAAAGGAACAGGAGGAAAAGCAACGGGUGACACCGGCAGUGCAAAAGUGGAGACCCAGCUUCUUGGGCAGCUCCCGCUAGGUUAAGGAUCCAAAAGAAGGCAUGCUGAUAGCGCUAGAUUGUUUUCCGUUUUCUACAAUUUUUACCCGUAAAGUUGUAUGCCGUUGUUUCCGUUUGGAACGCUUUUAUGAAGCGAACAUAUUGUGUUGUAAUAAGUCGUAAUUGGUAAGAAAAUGCUGUCAACUUACAUGCUUACGUUUCACGACUAAAAAUAAUAUGAUGAGCCUGGAGGUUAUACAAAGACA